AUGUUGGCGAUUAAUGCAAGAAUACGAAUACCAGGAAAAUUUAUGGCCAAAAAAAUGCGGAAAUUGAUGGGAUCCGGGAAAGCAGGAGGCAAGGGUGUGGGGCACGAGGACGAGGAAGGGAAAGUAGAUGGGGUGGGAAAAACUUGGGAUCCCGGCAGCCCUCCGGGCACAGCGGCCGUCAGCGCCGGUCAGUUCGGUUCGGGUUUGCCGCUGGGAUAA